GUCUUGACUCGCCGCCCGGUUUCCCCAGUCUCUCGGCGGAAUGUUUCAUCUGCGUGCUUCCACUCGCUCAAUUUACCAGUGAUCUACCUGAUCUCGGCUAUCGUUUUGCUGCACCUACUAACUCCAAUUUUUAUUCUUUCAAGAAUUCGCGGGCUCUUGAGCCUUUAUAAUUUCUUUUCCCAUACGGUCCUGACCGAUUCGCGUCGCCUGCGGCUUCGCCCUCCUCAAUCGGUCGAUAUAGGUGGUUCGGGCAGCCUUCGCUUUGACUGUGGAUUAGUCCGCCGUUCCUCGCUUCGCCCUGUCGUCUCACCCUAACCAGGGCGGCCCCCCAGGUGUCUGCCAUUACUACAGAUAUACCUGUCGCGGCCUUUCCCAGUCGUGAUUCCAUCAUGUCGAGUUCAUCUUCCGUCGGCGUCGCGAACACGCCGCGAAAUGCCCACUCCAGAACCCAGAGCAUCUCGAGCGAUCGCCCGUCUACGAUUGGCCUCGGCACGAUGUCUCCUCCCCUCUCUGUGUCGCCUGAGGCUAUCUUCAUCGCGGCGUCUGCGGCGUCGCAAAUAGUAACAAAUGACCAUGAUAGCCAUUCCGAGGCAUGGUACGAUCAAAUGGGCAUCGCGCCUGCCGAGGAGACUGCCCUGGUGUCCCCUGCUGCGCUCCAACUGGCCAAUAAUUUCGUUGAUCAGCUCCUAUUCAGCAUAAUCGCCGUCGCCAAGUCCACUGCGCUCUCGGCUCUACGGCCAGCUGUCAGCGAGGUACUGAAGCCGAAACUGGCCAAAGAUGCCACGAACCAGGCCGACGAAGAACUUCGAGAAUACCUGGGCGGUGGUGAAGUCGAAGACAUGGCGCAUUCCGCGAAUACGGAGUCGCCCGGCGAUUGGGAUCUCGAACUGGUAUGGAAGAGGACCAGAUUACGAUGCAUGGUCUAUUCUUCGCUCGGAGAUAUGGAGGAGGAAGACGAAGACUACUACAUGGAGCAAGAGCAUCUCAGGGGCGAGUCGGACGACCUCUUAUCGGAUAUCGUAUCACCGGCUGUUGCCAUAUUCUUGACGUCGAUCCUUGAAUUCAUGGGCGAGCAGGUUCUGGUUGUGGCUGGACAAGCGGCAUUCAACCGGAUGCGGGUUAAAUAUGAAAGGGACGUGAAGGAGGGUUCCCGCUCACCGGGGGAACCCCUCGGCCGCGUCGUCGUCGAGGAAUUGGACAUGGAACGCGUUGCCUUAGAUCGGACUUUCGGCAGGCUUUGGCGUUCCUGGAAAAAGAAGAUCCGGUCGCCCGUAGAGCCUAAUUACUCCCGCCCCUUCUCACGUAGCUCUAUGAGCGCCUCCGGGUUACCAAAUACGCGGCGCGGAAGUGCCGCUACAGACAACGGUCAAUUGCAUCUGGCGCCUAGAGACGUGGAACCCGAACUCGAGCUGCAGGAAACGAAAGAUUUCGGCGAGGAAGCAAGCCAGAAACUGAGCUUGCGGGCGACGGACCCCGCCGAUCUGCCUCUUCCUGACAGCGACGUCGAAGCAACGUAUAGCGACGAGGAGGAAACUGAAGACGAGGAAGACCACCGCCCACGGCCCAAGAGUCUAGUUAUUUUCAAUCGACACACAGCACCCGAGUCGGCGUCCUCAGCCUUGAUAAAGUCUAUCCCAAUUCGGCGAGCGCGGUCCCUUCCUGGCCGAAAGCGUCCCCGUUAUCCAUCUCCCCAAGCAUCGCGCCGCGAAAUCGGAACUGCGGAAGCGGAGGCCAAACCGGGAAAGAAUGAGCCCAUAUUAGAUACAUCGACUCUAGAAGUGGCACCUGACGUCAUGCCCGAGGUCGAAGAUCGAGACACCAGUGCUAGCGCUGGUGAGGAUCCCUUGAACGAGGCCGAAGACAGCUCCCCCCUCGCCAGUAUUCCACAACCGAAAGCCAGUGCCGACAGCUUGGUUCCAAGGAUUCAGACUGAUUUCACUGCCGUUAGGCCGGCUGAAACCGCUAGCGACAACGUGCGAGCCGAGCCUGAUGAGGACGAGAUUGACGACUUCACCGAGGAACCCGAAAUCCUAACCUCAUCUCGGAUCUCGAUGGGGGGUAGAAGCACGUCCUCCACGUCAGAAUCUGGGAAACCGCCCGCAGUUGUGCAUGCGAGAUCUAGUAGCGUCCGGUCGGUACGUGUGAUUGAGGUUCAAAGCCCUCGUAGCCCGACUGUCACGUCAUGGAUAAGCUCCCUGGAUACGCAUGACUCCGGUUACGUUGCCCAUAGAAACGCAACCCCUCCGAUUGCGGAGGAGGACGACUCGGACGAGCCACCUCCGAGUGCUAACAAGAGAAAUGCCAUGGUUCUCCCGGCAUCACUUGACGAUUCCCAAGGUACCGCCGUUACCAUUACCCAACCAGUCCGAAACCCGAGCCCGCUGAAAAGUGUUCACCCGCAAGCGGCAUCCAAACCACCAGUAUCAACCAAAGUCUCAAUCCUAGGCGGUCAUGAGUUCGAAGGACUCCGAGAAGGGAAGGCGGUUGUCCCUUAUAAAUCAUCAAGGAGUCCACCCUUGCCGACUCUGCCGGAGAGAAGUACUAGCCGGCCGGUGUAUGGGUCAUCGGGUUCGAAUGGCAGUUCAAUAGAUAAGCCCCCCGGCGCGGCGCGAAGCUCACCUGAAUCGCCUCAGCUGCCGCGGCCUGCUCCGGGAGAAUCGCCGCCUUCGACAUCGGCUAAAUUCAAGGCGGUCCGUACCUCUGAGGAUAGUGGUCCCCAUCGACCCAGUGAUAUGGCUCGGAACUUCGAGGAAUUAAUCCACAGUAACGAAACCCUACAAUAUACUCUCACACCCGAGAAUAUGCGUGAUAUCGAUUCGGCGUCAUCCCAACACACGGGAAGCCCCAGGCCUUCCCAUAAAUCCCUGAGGAACGAAGACGCCAAGUUUGUCGAGCGGUCGCGAUCUUCCUCCAUCAAGUCCAUCAAGAGGUCUGUGUCUAUAACGAAGCAAACAAGCCUAGGCUCUCAUCCGCCAGGGGACUUGCCGCUCGGCGUUAAGCUCCCCGGGUCAGUUUCGAAUUCAUCUCUCGGUGUCCUGCCAAAAGGCCGGUCGGGUUCUGCGCCACAGGCGAGGGAUGCUCGGAUCCCCCGGGAAUCGCUACAGGACUUUGCCGAUUUCAUUCGAUCGACAGGACCUCCUGGCGAGGCCGGCCCCCACUAUCAUAGAAAUGUGGGAGCGAAAACGACGGCCCGAAACCCCAAUGGCCCUACUCACGUGGCGAAGAGCGCGAGCGUUGAUAGCAGACGGACGGAGACAAGCAUGCGGACGCGGCUUCAAGCUAGGGAUGCCUCCGUAAACCCCUCUGGCGAGAAUUCUGAUUUGAUCGACUUCAUCCGACGGGGCCCACCUAACGGUAACGACAACAACCCGCGAAUCCCUCGCCAUGUUGCCCCCUUCCGGACUACUAUGGACUCGGACCAGAUGCAAAUGACCGGUGCCGUCGGGGGAAGGGCGAUCGAUGCGAUUAUCCCUAACAUCCGAAACAGCGAAGCGUCCACGAAUAUCACCGAGACGUCAGCCCCUUCGUCGACAAACUCGCAAAGUGCCCUCUUGAGCCAGGCGAAUAGGGCGCAGCAGCAACCUCCCGCUAACAACUUCGACGACGACGAUAUGAUGCCGAAACGGACGCGACGGCGGGUCCGGGACCCCUACGCGAUCGAAUUCAGCGAUGAGGAGGAUGAUUUGGAACUGACGCCGAAGCCGAAGCCGAAGCAGGAGGAAAGCCUGAUCGAUUUCCUCAACAAUUACCCUCCUCCUCCCGAACCCAUUCCCCAACCCGUAUCUAUCCCGAAAAAGAAGUCGAGCGCGCCCAACUUGAUAGCGCGUCUAAGGUCGAGCGGAAACUCCAGCGGCAAACCCGUCUCGGGUCCGAGUUCCAAGGGACUCACCGCCACCGAGACGCGAUCCCUGAGCAGUCGUGCGGGGGGUGGUCGGGGAUACACUCCUAUUGUUAUCCCGACUGGCGCGGAGAAGUUCGGGGCUGGGAGCAGACCGCCGCAAUCCACCCAUACUGCUAGCCCCAUCGGCCGCGUCCCAAUGAAGAGGUUCGAACCCCGAGAGGCUGUUUCCAGCAAUAGCCGCACGUCAGACCUGGCUACAUUCCUCCGUGACUCGGAGCCGCCGCCGUCGGCUAUAGCAUCGCUGCCUUCUCCUACCGAGACAAAGAAUGGCAAUGGCUUCUCUCGCAUGUUCGAACGCCGCAAGAAGUCCACGGCAUACUAGCCAGCAUGAUACAUUUUUAAUAUUUCGUGUACAAACCUUUUAUCGUCGUCGUUUUCCAGAGGGGUUGUAUAGAUAUCGACGAGCCUCAAGACUUUCUCGGAGGAACGGCGGUAUGCUAAUAGCAUUUGUGCCUUUUAU